CAUCGCGUCAAAGAGCUCCAAUGGGCGCCAGCGACCUCCGAGGAGUCACUAACGACGCCUUCUCUGCCUACUACAAGCAGCAGCUUGGGCUGACCGAUCAGGAGUGGAGCGCUUUGGAGGAUAGCCUCCGCUCGCCUCUGCCUGUCACCUGGCGCUUCAGCGGCAACGACGAGCGUGCGAUCAGCCUUCGGGCCAGCAUGGAGCAGAGCCUCCUCCCGCUACUGAACGAGCAGCCAACGUCGCUGCCGUGGUAUCCUGAUCGGCUCGGUUGGCAGUUUGGCGUCUCGCGGGCGUGGCUGCGCGGCAAGGACCGCCCAGGCGAGGGCCCGGAGGGCCCGGAGGCGGCGGCGGCGGCGGCUCCUCGCUCGACGUCCAUCAAGGCGUUCCACGCAUGGCUGCUCCGCGAAAGCUCUCUCGGCAACCUGCAGCGGCAGGAGGCGGUGUCGAUGGUGCCGCCGCUCUUGCUCGACGUGCGGCCCGGCAUGGCCGUGCUCGAUAUGUGCGCGAGCCCGGGCUCGAAGGCGCAGCAGAUCCUCGAGAUGCUGGCUGCGCCCGCGCGGAUCGCAAACACGGACGCCGCCGCGCGCGCGCCCGUGCGGAGCCUCGACGAGGCUCGCGGCCUCCUCGUCGCCAACGACGCAGACGUCAAGCGCUGCCAGCUGCUCGCCUCCCGCGCCGCCAGGCUGCACUCUCCGUCGCUCGUCGUCACCUCGCACGACGCGCGCCUCUUCCCGGAGGCGGUGGGCGAGGGCGCCGCCGCCGCGCCGCUUCUCUUCGAUCGCGUUCUGUGCGACGUGCCCUGCUCGGGCGACGGCACGCUGCGCAAGAACCCCGUCAUCUGGCGGCGGUGGACGGCGGGGGCGGGGAACAUGCUGCACUCGCUGCAGGUGGAGAUAGGGUGCAAGGGCGUGCGGCUGCUCAAGGUGGGCGGGCGGCUCGUCUACUCCACCUGCUCCCUCAACCCGGUCGAGAACGAGGCGGUCGUGGCGCGCAUCCUCACCACGUUCGGCGGCGGCUGCCUCCGCCUCGUCGACGCGAGGGACGCGCUGCCCGGCCUCGCCUGCCGGCCGGGCGUGAGCGGGUGGAAGGUGUGGCACCGCGGCCAGUGGCACGGCGACUGGGCGAGCGUCCAGGACCGCUUCCGCCGAAAGUGCCCCAACCUGGAGAGCCUCUUCCCUCCGGGCGGCGACGGCGUCGCCGACCUGCACCUCGACCGCUGCCUCCGCCUGAUGCCGCACGACGCCAACCAGGGUGGGCUUCCUCCCCGUCGCCUCUUCACCUCGGGUCAUCUCUCGGGCCAUCUCUCGGGCCACAUCUCGGCGAUAGGCGGCUUCUUCGUCGCCGUCUUCGAGAAGACCGCGCCUCACCCGGAGCGGGCGGGCGCGCUGCCCGCCGGCGCGGCAGAGGUGUGCGUCACCGAGGGCGCGGCGGUGCUGCCCGCGUCCCUCUCCACCAACCUCCAGGGCGCGGCGGCCACCGCCGCCCACUCCGCCGACUCCGCCGACUCCGCCGACUCGCCACCGCCCGCAGAGCCGCUCGCCGCCAGCGCGCAGCCCGCGGCGGCCGAGCCGGCGGCCGGUGCCACCGCGAUGGAGUACGACGACGCCGCCGACGCACAGGGCUGCGCCUCACCCGCGGACGGGCUUGCAGAGGCCCCGCCGCCAGCGCCGGCCUCCUCCCUCCUCCGCGCCGUCCUGCACGCGCACGGCGGCGCGACACACGCCGCCGCCGCCGCCGCCGCCAAGACCAGCUACGCGCCGCUCUACACGCCGUCGGACACCCUCCUCGACGGCUUGCGCGCCUUCUUCGGGCUGGACCGGUCGUCGGCAGAGAGCGAGCCGCCGUCGCCCGCCGCCGACGCCGCCCCCUUCCCCGCGCACCGCCUGGUCGCUCGCUCGCCCACCGGCCGCUCGCUGCUGCUCGUGUCGGACGAGGCGCGCCCGCAGACGUGUCCUCGACCCGUCCGUGCCACCGACGCAGGCGUGCGGCUCUUCGAGGCGCAGGAGGCAAAGGGGACGGGGUGCGCAUACCGCGUGUGCCAGGACGGGCUGCCGCACUUGCUCCCGCACAUCCGCAGGCGACGAUGGCUUUCGCAGCUCAGCCAAGCGCCGCGCCAGACAAGCGAGACGGACGCCGCUCUGGCGGCAAGGCUCAAGGCGUCGUGCCAGCCCGGCUCGGUCGUGCUCGAGGCCACGACGGCGCAGGGGCAGCAGAUCCGCAUCGUCGCAUUGUACGCCCCGUCGGGAUCGCUCGGCGCCAUGGUCAAGGGGCUCGAGAAGGAGGCGCUCACCUUCCGGCUCACCAGUGAGGCGGGCACCUAAAGUUACCGUGUCGAUUACGGGUCGGGAGGGUCACGGCCCCACACGACACAUACACACUACUCACUAGCACACUACCGCGCUUAUAUACGCAUUGCCGCAAUGCC